AUUGAUCCAUCCGUGUCGCAGAGGCAGGCACCUUUUUCUCACCUUCUUCAAUGCUCUCAGUGCGCCAUUAGACCCCCGAGCUUCACUGCUACCCGUUUCCCUAUACAGUUGUCGCCGAGAUGAGGAGAAGGAGAGACGCGCCCAUUCCUCUAUUCCGCUGAAAUAUCCCUCGAUUGAUCCCAGGCAUGAUUGCUAUGCGCACCUCGGUGCUGCUCGCUUUCAGGCCUUUUCAACAUGGCUCCCGAUUAAAUCAACUUGAUCAGAAUAUCCUUCUUUCAUUAUACAACUCCUCUCCUCGACAUUCGCGGAUACUAUCUCGCACUUUUCAUCUGUCGGUGCGGCCGAAGCCCUCCAGGAAUCAGAGCGCAUUUCAAUCGUUGAACUUGCUCAGCUCUACUGCGCCCAGGGCAAAUGGUCUUCGUGUACCCUUCCGACCUAGCAUAGCUGCGCAGGCAGUAUACUUUUCGAGCGGUCGCACCCUAUACGAAACGCCCACUCCGGUCAUAAAGGAGCAGCAGCGAACCAAGUCCACCGACGAAACGGAUGACGAGGAUACGUUUCACAGGACUGAAAAAGCACACCAAGCAUCGCAUGUGAACCUCAGCGCGAGGUUAUCAAAAGAGGGUGCCGCGGGUAAGGGCGCGGGCUUUGGCGAGAUAUGGCGGUUGAUUAAGAUUGCACGUCCGGAAGCAAAAGUCCUUGCGCUGGCUUUUCUCCUUCUCCUGAUCUCGUCAUCCAUCACUAUGUCAAUACCAUUUUCAAUUGGCAAGAUCCUGGAUAUAGCUACUAAAGGGGGAGCAAAGACGGAGGGCCCCGAGCCGGAGCUGAAGACCGAUAUGCUCUUUGGUCUCAGCUUGACAACGUUCUACACUGCUCUCGUUUGUAUUCUUGCAACGGGUGCGGCAGCAAAUUAUGGACGUAUCAUCAUCCUGCGAAUCGUGGGCGAGAGGAUCGUGGCGAGGCUCCGAUCCAGGUUGUUCCGGCAAACCUACAUCCAAAACGCCGAAUUUUUUGACGCCAAUCGUGUAGGCGACUUGAUUUCCAGACUCAGCUCUGACACCAUCAUUGUUGGCAAAUCAAUUACGCAAAAUCUUUCGGAUGGGCUUCGCGCUUUCGUCAGCGGAGCCGCUGGUUUUGGCUUGAUGGCAUGGGUGUCUCUAAAGUUGACGGGCAUUCUGGCCCUGCUGUUUCCUCCGGUUGCACUGGGGGCAUUCUUUUAUGGGCGAGCCAUCAGGAAUCUGAGUCGAAAGAUCCAAAAGAAUGUUGGCACGUUAACGAAGAUCGCAGAAGAAAGACUCGGCAAUGUUCGUACUUCACAGGCGUUUGCAGGUGAAAUUCUUGAGGUCCAUCGGUACAAUACACAGGUGCGCAAAAUCUUCGAGCUGGGAAAGAGAGAGUCGAUCAUUAGUGCCACUUUCUUCUCGUCCACCGGGUUCAUGGGCAACAUGACGAUACUGUCACUCCUUUAUGUCGGCGGUAGUAUGGUUUCGAGUGGGACAAUUAGUAUCGGGGAGCUGACGUCCUUCCUCAUGUACACCGCAUAUGCAGGUUCUUCCCUCUUUGGGCUUUCGUCGUUCUACUCAGAGUUGAUGAAAGGCGUCGGAGCAGCGUCACGAUUAUUUGAGCUGCAGGACAGGGAGCCUACGAUAUCUCCCACGAAAGGCGACAAGGUGGUAUCAGCAAGAGGUCCCAUCCGGUUCGAGAAUCUCUCCUUCAGCUACCCUACUCGACCGGCGGUGAGGAUCUUCAGGAACUUGGAUUUUGAAAUUCCCCAGGGCGCCAACGUCGCUAUCGUUGGCCCAUCUGGUGGUGGAAAAAGCACGAUUGCGUCUCUGAUCUUGCGGUUCUACACACCUACAGAGGGCCGCAUCUUGAUCGACGGCAAGGACAUUGCAAAGAUGAAUGUCAAAUCUCUUCGACGCAGGAUCGGUAUCGUGUCACAGGAACCGGUCUUGUUUUCUGGUACCAUAGCAGAGAACAUCGCCUACGGCCGACCUCAUGCGACCCGGGCGGAGAUCAUGCGCGCAGCGAGAAGAGCAAACUGUCAAUUCAUUAGCGAUUUUCCAGAAGGCCUGGACACCCCUGUCGGUGCCCGUGGCACCCAGCUCUCUGGUGGCCAAAAGCAGCGCAUUGCGAUUGCCCGCGCCCUGGUCAAGGAGCCCGACAUCUUGAUCUUGGAUGAGGCCACUAGUGCGCUUGAUGCCGAAUCGGAGACCUUGGUCAACGAAGCGCUCGCAUCGCUGCUUCGAGGCAGCAACACGACGAUCUCGAUUGCCCACCGUCUUUCCACCAUCAAGCGAUCCGACACCAUUAUAUGUCUGGGUAGCGACGGACGUGUUGCGGAGAUGGGGAGCUACAAGGAACUCAGCAGUCGGCCCGAUGGCGCCUUUACGAAGUUGAUGGAAUGGCAGAUGAGCGGGGGCGAGAGGGCACAGGAUGAUGUGGACAAAUUGGCCAUCGAUCCAGAACAUAAAGGGCCGCCAACGGAGAAAGACGAGAUUGAAGUGGAAUUGGAAGAACAAAGCGAGGGCGAAGGCGAGGGCGAGGAAGACCUCGAGGCCAGCAAGGCACACGAGACGGUCAAUAAAGCAGUGGAAGAGAAGAAGACGUGAUUGCGACGAUCCCAAUCGACAUGGCAAUCGUGGCACCUAAGAUUGAAUGAGAGGGCCAGGACGCUGUGGCCACAAUCGAGGGCGGUCUGCUUCUUGCUCCUCGCAUCACUACUGCGGAGGUCAUUCCAGGCUCACGAAGCUCAGGACGAGCGCACAUAUAUACAAAUUGGGGACGGUAUAUAUGUCUGUAUAGGAACCCACUCGAAAUGUUUAUCAGAAUCUCCUCCUGA